AUCAUCUAAGAAUGUUGUUUACCUUACGAAUCAAGGGGAGGAGAACAACAGGGAAAUCAUGCUCACAACAUCUUCAACUAAUAUUCUUGCAUCUUCCCGAUUCAUGUAAUACUCCGACAACUCUUCGAAAAACUAUGCAAACAUAUAAUUCAGGUUUUCUGAACGUGGAAGCAUGUUGAAUUUUACUAUUUAUGUAAGCACUCUGCCUCUGUUGUUUCUCUCUCGAUUCUGAACUGCUUCUUAAGCUGUGUAGUUAAUUCCACUGCUGAAGAUUCUACAAAAUAAGCAGAUUGGGGAAAGAUUUUGGUAUCUAUGUGAGUUCAUAAGAGAGUUUCUGCUAGGGACACAUAGUAUUUGCAAAAUGGCCGCUAUGAGAGUUUCAAGGCUGAAAUAUUUCUGUUCUUCUGUGAAAUCUGCCUCACGAUUUGAUAUAAGACCAUGUGCUGCGUAUACAAGCAAAUGUUAUCACACUAGAGAGUAUGUGAAUGUGCAGGGAUUUGAUCAAAAUGGUUGCGGAAUGGUGGGUCUGAGCUCUGCCACUUUUUCUCAGUAUUCUAGGGUGAGGCGUCUUGAUGCAAGGUCUCCGAAUAGAGUAAAUUCAGGCUUUCAAGGUGGGCUUUCUUUUGCUGGGAUCAACCUUUGGUUUAAUCAUCGUUUUUUCUCGUCAGCUAGUGAGGCUAAAGGUGGCAUUCCUCAAGGCACGGAUGUUAUAGCUGACCCUGGUGCAAGUGGGACAAGUGUGAGUAGUGCGGGUAUUGGUGGGGAUGAUUGGAUUGGGAAACUUAAGGAAGUGUGGCAGUCUACUGUUGAGGCUGUGAAAUAUACAGGUGAAAAGGCGAAAGAGGCGUCUGAUGAAGUUGCUCCUCAUGUUCAACAGUGGCUUGAUACUCAUCCUUACCUUGGAGAUGUAAUUGUCCCAGUGGGUGGUACUUUGGCUGGAACGUUGGUGGCGUGGUUGCUGCUGCCAAGGCUCUUCAGGCGGUUUCAUAAAUACUCAGUGCAAGGUCCAGGUGCUUUGUUAGCUGGGAGCUCAUUGUGGGCACCUGUUCCUUAUGAGAAAAGCUUUUGGGGUGCAUUGGAGGAUCCAGUUAGAUAUUUCAUAACUUUCAUGGCAUUCUUGCAAAUUGGUGAAAUGGUUGCUCCAACUGUUAUUGCCUCACAGUAUGUUGCACAGGCUUGGAAGGGUGCUCUUGUUGUUUCUGUUGUCUGGUUUCUGCAUCGCUGGAAAACGAAUGUCAUUGCCCGAGCUUUGGUUGUUAAGAGCAUAGAAGGUGUCCAGAGAGAUAAGUUGUUAACCCUGGAUAAAAUAUCAUCUCUAGGACUCUUUAUCAUUGGGUCAAUGGCUUUAGCCGAGGCGUGUGGAGUGGCUGUGCAGUCUAUUCUGACUGUGGGAGGCAUAGGAGGAGUAGCUACUGCUUUUGCAGCUAGAGAUGUACUUGGAAAUGUCCUUAGCGGUCUGUCUGUACAGAUCUCUCAGCCGUUUUCAAUUGGUGAUACGAUUAAAGCUGGAUCUGUAGAAGGUCAAGUGGUAGAAAUGGGUCUUACAACUACAUCAUUGCUGACUGCAGAAAAAUUUCCUGUUGUUGUCCCAAAUUCUCUGUUUUCCAGCCAGAUAAUCAUAAAUAAAUCGCGGGCCAAAUGGCGUUCCAUGUUGAGAAAAAUUCCCCUACAAAUUGAUGACAUAGACAAGAUUCCACAAAUAUCAGAGGAUAUAAAGUCCAUGCUCAGAUCCAAUCCAAAUGUAUUUUUGGAGAAGGAGGCCCCUUACUGUUUCUUGUCUCAUAUUGAAAGAUCGUAUGCAGAGCUGACUCUUGGAUGCAACCUUAAACAGAUGACCAAGGACACAGAGCAGGAUAUUCUCCUAGAAGCUGUUCGGAUCAUCAAAAGACAUGGUGCCAUGCUAGGUAGCACGCAGGAAGAGACGAUCAGUUGACAUGCUGGAUGUGGAAAAGAAGCGUUUUUUUGAGCUCAGAUUUAUCUUUAUCUUUUACAUGAGAAAUAUAUAAGAACUACAGUAUGAACUAGGUUGAGGAACGUGAUGGGUAUAGAAAUCUUUGAGAAGCUAAUAUACCAAUAUUUUCUGUUGACUGAAACCUGCUAAUGCUAUAGUCAAAUUUGAAAGGCAUCAGUUU